UCAUGCGCAUUCCCAGCGCUUCCUAUGGUGUCCAACACACAGCGCACGCCCAAAGGCAAUUUUGGGGGAUGGGGCAGAUGCUCUGCCUCGGGGAAAAAAAAAACACACACACACACCUGCCCUGAUGUUGGUGGCUGGGUCUGGAAGAUUACGUGGAAAUUAAGCUAAGGAUGUGUGCCUUCCACAUCAAAAACCGCAAAAAUCUAACACCGCGACUACUGAGUCCGAUCAGGGAGCACAGACUGGAAGAAGCGCCCACGGCUUGGGCCGUCUGCGCGUGCGUGAGCCGGAAAACCGAGGCGCUCCCUGGGCCCGCCCUAUCGAUCGACCCGAUCGGGGAUCGUCAGCUUGGUUCUGGUCACAGAAGUUGCUCUUCUCGCGAUGCUUCACCUCUGGCGGCGGGGAAAGGGCGGGCUAACUGGAGAGCGCUGAAGAACCAGACACGGCCGCACGCUGCUUUCCCAGAAGGCUGUGCGUGCUCCUUGCUUCCUCCGCUUUCUUCCGAGUGGUCGCGUGAACGGCUUCCUGCAGCCUGGCCAUGGCGCUUCACGUUCCCAAGGCUCCGGGCUUUGCCCAGAUGCUCAAGGAGGGAGCGAAACACUUUUCAGGAUUAGAAGAGGCUGUGUAUAGAAAUAUACAAGCUUGCAAGGAGCUUGCCCAAACCACUCGUACAGCAUAUGGACCAAAUGGAAUGAACAAAAUGGUUAUCAACCACUUGGAGAAGUUGUUUGUGACAAAUGAUGCAGCGACUAUUUUAAGAGAACUAGAAGUACAGCAUCCUGCUGCAAAAAUGAUUGUAAUGGCUUCUCAUAUGCAAGAGCAAGAAGUUGGAGAUGGCACAAACUUUGUUCUGGUAUUUGCUGGAGCUCUCCUGGAAUUAGCUGAAGAACUUCUGAGGAUUGGCCUGUCAGUUUCAGAGGUCAUAGAAGGUUAUGAAAUAGCCUGCAGAAAAGCUCAUGAGAUUCUUCCUAAUUUGAUAUGUUGUUCUGCAAAAAACCUUCGAGAUGUUGAUGAAGUCUCAUCUCUACUUCGUACCUCCAUAAUGAGUAAACAAUAUGGUAAUGAAAUAUUUCUGGCCAAGCUUAUUGCUCAGGCAUGCGUAUCUAUUUUUCCUGAUUCCGGCCAUUUCAAUGUUGAUAACAUCAGAGUCUGUAAAAUUCUGGGCUCUGGUAUCAGUUCCUCUUCAGUAUUGCAUGGCAUGGUUUUUAAGAAGGAAACCGAAGGUGAUGUAACAUCUGUCAAAGAUGCAAAAAUAGCAGUGUACUCUUGUCCUUUUGAUGGCACGAUAACAGAAACUAAGGGAACAGUGUUGAUAAAGACUGCUGAAGAAUUGAUGAAUUUUAGUAAGGGAGAAGAAAAUCUCAUGGAUGCACAAGUCAAAGCUAUUGCUGAUACUGGUGCAAAUGUCGUAGUAACAGGUGGCAAAGUGGCAGACAUGGCUCUUCAUUAUGCAAACAAAUAUAAUAUCAUGUUAGUGAGGCUAAACUCAAAAUGGGAUCUCCGAAGACUGUGUAAAACGGUUGGUGCUACAGCUCUUCCUAGAUUGACACCUCCUGUCCUUGAAGAAAUGGGACAUUGUGACAGUGUUUGCCUCUCUGAAGUUGGAGAUACUCAGGUGGUGGUUUUUAAGCAUGAAAAGGAAGAUGGCGCCAUUUCUACCAUAGUACUUCGAGGCUCUACAGACAAUCUGAUGGAUGACAUAGAAAGGGCAGUAGACGAUGGUGUUAAUACUUUCAAAGUUCUUACAAGGGAUAAACGUCUUGUACCUGGAGGUGGAGCAACAGAAAUUGAAUUAGCCAAACAGAUCACAUCAUACGGAGAGACAUGUCCUGGACUUGAACAGUACGCUAUUAAGAAGUUUGCUGAGGCAUUUGAAGCUAUUCCCCGCGCACUGGCAGAAAACUCUGGAGUUAAGGCCAAUGAAGUAAUCUCUAAACUUUAUGCAGUACAUCAAGAAGGAAAUAAAAAUGUUGGAUUAGAUAUUGAGGCUGAAGUCCCUGCUGUAAAGGACAUGUUGGAAGCUGGUAUUCUAGAUACUUACCUGGGAAAAUAUUGGGCUAUCAAACUCGCUACUAAUGCUGCAGUCACUGUACUUAGAGUGGAUCAGAUCAUCAUGGCAAAACCAGCUGGUGGGCCCAAGCCUCCAAGUGGGAAGAAAGACUGGGAUGAUGACCAAAAUGAUUGAAAUUGGCUUAAUUUUUACUGUAGGUGAAGGCUGUAUUUGUAGUAGUACUCUAAGAAUCGCCUGAUGUUUUCUUAUUCUCCUUAAAUUAAGAGGUAUUUUGUGUUUGUAUUCUUGGCUGGAUGUUAUAAUAAACAUAUUGUUACUGUCAAA